CUCUGUUUCUGUAAUUUGGCUCCAUUGGUUUGCACAGCUUUUGAGAAUAUUUUCAAUUUUGUCUGGCAUACGAGGAAUGAUCAAAUUUCCAACCCCAUUUCCAGAUAACACCAAUUCUCUUCGACAAAUUCCGGCAUCCCUAUUGAAUAUUAUUUUCACAAAUUUUGCAUAGCAGAGUCCAACUUCUUCCUCAACCUUGUAACUAUUCAUUGAUUUUCAUUUUUAACAUUAGCAUGUCCCCUUUGAAUGAUAGGUAAAAUCUAUUCAGUUAUAGCUGAGUAUAUAAAUGACUCAGAAUUGCAACAUGGAUUUAAUUAACACGAGCCAGAGGGGAGAAGUAAACUAGCACUUGCAGUUUACAAGAAUCACCGGGUCUUUUCAAUAUAAAUUCUUGAUAUCUGAAGAUGGUUUAUCUGUUGAUGCUGAUCUUCGGAGCAUUUAUAGCCUCUAUCUUGGGACUGCUUCUCUUGCAAAGUUGUAGAGGAAAGAAGAAAAGUGGAGAUGCUUCAAUUAAGAUUCAUGGGAACGAGCGUUCAAAGAGAUCAGAAAAUGUUACACACCCAGCAGAGGUUGCUGAAACCACUACCGAUAUAAUUAUUGUUGGUGCUGGAGUUGCAGGUUCAGCUCUGGCUUACACUCUUGCAAAGGAUGAUCGGCGAGUUCAUGUGAUUGAAAGAGACUUGACUGAACCUGACAGAAUUGUUGGCGAACUCCUGCAACCAGGAGGCUACCUUAAGUUGAUAGAGCUGGGUCUUGAGGAUUGUGUGAGCACCAUUGAUGCACAGCAAGUGUUUGGAUAUGCUCUCUACAAAGAUGGGAAAAGUAACAAAGUAUCUUAUCCCUUGGAGAAUUUCGAUUCGGAUGUGGCUGGCAGAAGUUUUCACAAUGGCCGCUUCAUUCAGAGAAUGAGGGAAAAAGCUGCGUCCCUAUCCAAUGUAAAAUUGGAACAAGGAACUGUAACAUCUCUGAUUGAAGAAAAGGGGAUUAUAAAAGGGGUGACAUACAGAACCAAGACAGGUCAAGAGCUGACAACGUAUGCUCCCCUUACUGUGGUAUGUGAUGGCUGUUGUUCAAAUUUCCGGCGCUCCCUCAGCAAACCUAAGGUUGAAAUUCCCUCUUGUUUUGUUGGUCUGAUCCUGGAGAAGUGUGAGCUUCCAUACAAGAAUCAUGGACAUGUCAUAUUGGCAAAUCCUGCGCCAAUCUUGUUUUAUCCUAUUAGUAGCACUGAGAUUCGAUGCUUAGUAGAUGUACCAGGCCAAAAAGUGCCGUCCAUUUCAAAUGGUGAAAUGGCAAAUUAUUUAAAAACUGUGGUGGCCUCCCAGAUUCCCCAAGAACUCCACUCUGCUUUUAUUGCUGCAAUUGAUAAAGGAAACAUCAGAACAAUGACUAAUAGAAGCAUGCCUGCUGCCCCAUCUCCUACUCCUGGUGCUAUUUUACUUGGGGACUCUUUCAAUAUGCGACACCCUUUAACUGGAGGUGGAAUGACAGUGGCUUUAUCCGAUAUUGUUAUUCUAAGGAAUUUACUUAGGCCUCUGGGUGAUCUUAAUGAUGCACCUGCCCUUUGCAAGUAUCUUGAAUCAUUUUAUACCCUUCGUAAGCCAAUGGCAUCUACGAUAAAUACACUGGCAGGUGCCCUCUACAAGGUUUUUUGUGCAUCAUCUGAUCCAUCAAGAAACGAAUUGCGCCAAGCAUGUUUUGACUAUCUGAGCCUUGGAGGUGGUUUCACGAAUGGACCAAUAGCUAUACUCUCUGGUCUAAAUUCUCGUCCACUCAGUUUGGUUAGACAUUUCUUUGCUGUCGCAAUCUAUGGUGUCGGACGUGUAUUGCUUCCCUUUCCUUCGCCUAAACGUAUGUUGAUUGGUGCUAGAUUGAUCUUGGACGCAUCAAGUAUCAUUUUCCCGAUUGUAAAGGCUGAAGGUGUAAAAGAGAUGUUGUUCCCUGCAAGUAUGCCAACACAUUAUGCGGUUCAGGAUCUAUGCUUAAGUUAGUUAAAGAAAUAUGUGAAUCAUCAAACUAUAUUCAUCAAAUUUGCAGGAUUUGUUCUUAAAAUAUGACACAGUUAGCAUUGUUUGUGCAAUCUGAACUGAAACUAGACAUUAUUUGUGCAAUGUGAACUUUUUAUUCUUUCAA